AUGCUGGAGGGUCAGCUGGAGGCCGGGGAACCCAAGGAGGACACCCACCCGGAGGACCCAUGCCGGGGAGCUGGGGCGGACACGGAGAAGACAGCUGUGGCAGCCGAGGUCCCCAGGGAGGACAGCAACGCCCAGGAGAUGCCACCAUUACAGCAGCAGAUCACCAGACUCGACCAAGAGCUCGGGAGGCAGGAGUCGCUGUGGGCUGACGUUCACAGGAAACUCCAGAGUCACACAGAUGCUUUGCGGAAGCAGAGCCUGGAGCUCCGAGAAGAGCUGGGAGCUCUGGCGCAGCCGCAGUGGAAAGCUGAGAAGAAGCCUGCAGCCUCCCCACACGCGGGACGGGGAUAGCACACUCUGGGACCUACGGGGCAUUUGCGUUUUUGUAUGGUGUGCAUUAUGUAAAAAUAGCGUCCUUGU